GAUGAUCAGCACAUGGGAUUCCUCAGGUGACCUGGAUAUCAGGCAGUCACGUUCAAGCUGAUCAUCCAAAGGAAGCCCCUGUUCUACAUUUUUAAUAUCAUCCUGCCGUGCUCUUUCAUCUCUGCACUGGUCGUAUCAGCCAACUUCCUACCUGCACAAGUCUUUGUAGCAGGGCCGCUGGCACUUGCAGCAACUGUGUGAUGGCCAGUACAGAGGAUGUGAUUGAGCCAGUGGCUCAGAGCUUCACAGCGCAAAACCUGGGCAGAAGACGCUUCUCCAACGACCUCUACAAUCUGAGUCCAGAUGAGUUAGAUGGCCUCAUGUCCAGCAGUGAGGGCCGUCCUUUCCUGGUGGUUCAUCAUCUUCCUGAAAUAAAGGAGACGGGUGUACCUUACUUAAUACCUGGUGUCCCUAUUACAUGCAAAGUGGACAACACAGAGAAGUACACUACUCGCUCAAAGGUCCAUGUAGGCACCCUGUACACUGUGCGGUUAACACAUGGUCCAUUCCACUGGACAGUGAAGAGGAAGUACAAGCACUUCCAAGAGCUGCAUCGAGACCUUUACAAACAUAGGAUGAUGAUUCACUUGCUGCCUCUGGGAAGAUUUGCAAAGGAGAGGCAGCAGCUGAGAACCAUGUCAGAGGAAAUGCCCAACCUGCAUGGGACUGAACGGACCAGAAGGACCUCCAGCAAAAUGAAAUACCUUGAGGAAUACCUGAAUGGUCUGCUGGAGAACACAUUCUGUAGGAAUGAUCACAGCAUGCUGGAAUUCCUCUCUGUUGGUGCUCUCUCCUUCAUCACUGAUCUUGGACCCAAAGGCUUGGAGGGACCCAUCUUCAAGAGGUCGGGUGGUCACCGGAUCCAAGGCCUGAAUUGCACUGGCCAUCAUCAGUUCUGUUUCCGCUGGUCUCGUCGGUGGCUGGUGGUGAAAGACUCCUUCCUGAUGUAUAUGAAUCGAGACAACGGCUGCAUCAACUUUGUGUUGCUCUUUGACCCUGAGUUCAAAGUUAAAGUAGGCCGUGCUUAUACAGACACGAAAUACGGAGUCUGCUUUGAGAACUUCACUCGGAGUCUGAUCAUCAAAUGCAGCAGUUAUAGACAAGCUCAUUGGUGGAGUCAUGAAAUCAACCGGCUGGCAGAAUCUAGCGACUUUCUCAAAGUGCAGCGCUUUGAGGGGUUUGCACCACCACGCGAGAAUACACUCACUAAAUGGUAUGUGAAUGGAAGCAGCUACUUUGCAGACCUGGCUGAUGCUCUCGAACAAGCCAAGGAGGAAAUCUUCAUCACAGAUUGGUGGCUCAGUCCUGAAGUUUUCCUAAAGAGACCAGCAACUGAUAACUACUGGCGCCUGGAUGAGAUACUCAAGCGCAAAGCAGAACAAGGAGUCAAAGUGUGUGUUCUGCUGUACAAAGAGGUGGAGCUAGCACUUGGCAUCAAUAGUGAACACAGCAAGAGGACUCUUAUGAAUAUGCACCCAAACAUCAAGGUAAUGCGACACCCUGACCACGUGUCAUCUGUGGUGUUCCUAUGGGCUCACCAUGAAAAGAUGGUGGCUAUUGACCAAACAGUAGCCUUUGUCGGGGGGAUAGACCUGGCAUUUGGGAGGUGGGAUAACAGCCAGUACCGGCUAACUGACCUGGGUUUGACAGGGACGUCCAUCAGUCUAACUGAGGAGGAGCCAAAUGGAGAAGCAGGAGAUAAUACUGUGGCUGAUGGUCCAAAACCAUCAGAACCAGAUAAGGAAGAAGAGCAAGACCUUGAAGGUCUGACCGGCAACACUAAACUGUGGCUUGGCAAAGACUACAGCAACUUUAUCAGGAAAGACUGGGUCCAACUGGACAGACCGUUUGAAGAUAACAUCGACCGCACUCAAGUUCCUCGCAUGCCAUGGCGUGAUCUGUCUGCAGCUAUUCAUGGCAGAGCUGCCAGGGAUGUAGCCCGCCAUUUCAUCCAGCGCUGGAACUUCACCAAGAUCUUCAAAAGCAAGUACAAGGACGACUUCUACCCGUACCUUCUUCCCAAGUCUCAGUGUACUGCUGACUCACUCUCAUUCACGGUGCCUGGGUCCAAGAAAGCCAAAGUACAGGUGCUGCGCUCUGCCGAUAGAUGGUCAACUGGAACCUGUGAGAACUCAAUUCUGAACGCCUACAUCCACACAAUCGAGAACAGCGAGCACUACAUCUACAUCGAGAACCAGUUCUUCAUCAGCUGUGCUGACGGGAAAACUGUCCAUAAUGGGAUCGGCGAUGCAAUCGUGAAGCGAAUCCUGCGUGCCCACAGAGAGCAGAAGAAGUACAGAGUGUUUGUGGUGAUUCCUCUGCUUCCUGGAUUUGAGGGAGACAUCAGUUCAGGUGGUGGAAAUGCCAUCCAAGCCAUUCUGCACUUCACUUACAGGACCAUGUGCCGAGGGGAACACUCCAUCCUGUCAAGGCUUAGUGAAGUUGAAGACAAGUGGACAGAGUACAUCACACUCUGUGGCCUCAGAACACAUUCCCAGCUCUCCCAGUCACUCAUCACAGAGCUAAUCUAUGUUCACAGCAAGACCCUCAUUGCUGAUGAUCGCUGCUAUAUCAUUGGAUCAGCCAACAUCAACGACCGCAGCAUGCUGGGCAAUAGAGAUAGUGAGUUGGCAGUGUAUGUGGAAGAUGAAGAGAGGGUCUCAUCCAUCAUGGGAGGGGAAGAGUACCAGGCAGGACCCCUCACACUUGCUCUGCGCAAAGAGUGUUUUGGUGUUCUUGUUGGAGAUUCUUCAGACCCCAGUAUCAAUAUUGAUGAUCCAAUCAGUGACCAUUUUUUCUUCUUGGUCUGGGAUGCAUCUGCUAAACUGAAUGCCACCAUUUAUGACAAGGUCUUCAGAUGCCUGCCCCACAACUCUGUCCACAACAUGAGAGAGCUGAAGGAGUACUCCAGCAAGGAACGCCUCUGCGACACAGACCCUGAGCAGGCCAUAGAGGAACUGAAGUCUGUCCGUGGGCUGCUGGUCCACUUCCCCCUGAAGUUCCUGUGUGAGGAAAACCUGCUGCCUCCACUGGCCACUAAAGAGGGCAUGGCUCCUGUUGGACUGUGGACAUAACCACAGCGCAGGCCAGAUCAGACCACUACAUAACAGUUAAAGGGCUACUGUUCCACAUGCUUCUCCUUGUGUUUGUUCAGCACAAUACACUAAAGUAAGUUACAGCCCUGGCUCUAGUGAGGAAAAGGCACCACUUUAACACAAUGUAUUAGUUGAUUCCUGAUAUUUUUUACAUUGUGUUUUUGACCGCCCAUAGGCUAGUCUGAACAUAACCACUGAAAUGUAGAUUUUACUAUGACUGAUAACCUGUUAGAACAGUAGUUUGUAUUGGCCAGUUUGUUCAUGAUGGCAUUGUCAGCUUCAUAACUUCUACAGUGCAAACUGAACUGCUGGGCUGGCAGUGGUGCAAAACACAUAAAUGAAUGUAUGAGUCACGAGAGGAUUGCAAGGUUGUAUUGGAAAUCAAGCAUCUCACAUGAUCUGGGAACAUAGUGUACAUUUAUUGGUGCACGGAUUUUGGGUGGGUGGCUCUCUCUCUCUCUCUCUCUCUGUCUCUCUCUCUCUUUCUCGCGCUCACUCUCUCCCUUUGAGGCUUCACCUCUCACUGCAGUGCCAGCAAAUCUGUCAGAACAUUUGUGGUUGUUAUGGUGACGGAUAUAAAGAGAUGACUGGAUCGCAGCUGAAAUAAAGGCUGGAUAGGACAGAAAAGGGAGAGCGCUGAUAAGAGGGAUAACUUGCUAAAUCAGGAUGGUGUACCGGAAAAUAGAAGUUAAUAUGCUGAAAAAAGAUUGACAGUAUCUGUUGGAAGCAAAGUCAUUUUAAAAUGUUCUGGAUUUGACAUAGGUGGAGAAGCUGAGAGAAGGAACGAAAAGGAAGAUAAUUAAAGGGUGCUUUACUGUUAAUUGUCAUGUUUUUUUUCAAGAGUCACCAUGACAACCAAUGAAUUAGAACAUUCCACUAUCUACUUGGCUUUGAGAAAGCUGUGUAAAGCAGAGACAUGUAUCUUUUGACCAUUGCAUUUUUCAGCCAUUUCCAUGUGAGUGUCAGGUCCCAUUCAGUGUGUUGUAUGUCUAUCCUAUAUUACUUUCCUCAAAUUGCACAUUUGUUAAGGUGGAUUAUAUUUAGCCAUGACACUGUAUCUGCGUAGUGACAUAAUUUGGCUUUCAUUCAUGGCGCAAUUCCCAUGUUUAGAGCAGUAUCAAGUCAUAUCUUUAGUCUCAACAUGCAAAGAUUUUGAUAUUGGACAAUCUGAAAAGUCUUGCACUGGACAAAUAUGUAGCAUUGGUGGUUAAUGUAGGCAGACAUGUAUCCCCCUAUUGUAUUGACUGAUUUGGAAAAAUCAUAAUUUUUUUGAUAAUUCAACAGAACAUACAGUAGAUGCUGACUUCCUCAUUUAGAAAAAAAACAGGACAUAGGUUUAUUUUAUGCAGUAACAUAAUGUAACUAGUAUGUUUCUUCAGCUGCAAGACACGGGUGACAGGAAAGGAGGUUGACUAAGUAUAGAGGAAAAAGAGAUUACUGUAACUAGAGAUUGGACCCCAGGGUAAAAAAUUUUACUUCAAACAUUUUACCUGUUUUCACGCAUGGUACACAAACUGGCCAAGUUUUAUCAACAACCAGCAGAGAGACAAUAUGUGAAGCUUAUGACUGGGAAUGUCUGUUACAUAUUUUUAGCUUUUUGGAGGUGUUUCUGUCAAAAUUUGCAAUAUGUGAAAAAAACUGUCCCAUGUAUUUUAAGAGUUCUCUGUUUUAACUGAGGAUGUGGAGUGACGGAUGGCUUCAUGAGCUUUUGAGACAUGCCCACAGGUCUCAGCUACACUACCUAGGUGCUUUCAGUGCAGACUUGUUUCUGAAUAUGACACAUGACAAGUGUUUCAGAUGAACGCCACCUCCCUCCACAUGAAGCACCCUUCACAGAAGAGUCAGUAAAAUCAUCUGUGUUAAGAGAUGGUGUACUGCUGGCUUCAGAACUAUUCAGCCUUUCCUUUGGAAGGUAUUAAAAAGCCACUAAUGAGUCUGUGCACUCACCAUAUUUUCCUCUCUUAAAAAGCACAAAGUAGUUGCCUUGACUGUUAUUCUUUGUUUAGAUUCCACCGAAAUGUCUGUGAUAUACUGAAGUGACCUUAUCCUUUUUCUAUCGUGAAUUUUAUUUUUAUUUGACCACUAGUCAGCAUUACCAAUACAUUUUUAUGAAUAUAUUACUAAUAGAAACUUCUGUUUAUUUUUUACUCAUGCAUAUUAUCCCUAAUAGUCACCAUGUGAAAACCUUUGUGUAUACAUAUCUGUAGAUCUAUGUUAUUAACUUGAAGUAACUCAUGUAUAAGUUACUAACACUCAGGGGCAGAGAGAUAAUAAAUAUUAAGUUGCCUAAAUCCAGUUCAAUCCAAUCCAUGAACUUUACUACUUAAUUUUUUGUUUUUCCUCAAUAAAUUUUUUUUUUUGAA